AUGAACAAUGCAGGAAUGCUCACCCUGCACGAAGAUUUCUUGGAAAUCUACAUCAACAUGGCACCACACGUUGGCGAAGCAUACGUCAUGGGUAACGCCAAAGUACUAGUCCUUCUCAGCAAGUUUAUCGUGGGGAAUACCGAAGCUGAAGCGACCCUCCAAGCCAUCAACAUUGCAGGCAAUGGAAGAGAAGCAUUCAACGCACUACGUACCCACUAUGAAGGCGAAGGGAUACUAGCCAGCGAGAUUGUCAAAGCCAAACACACCAUCAAGAACUGUGUUACGUUGGCAAAAAACCAAAAAUGA